AUGGCGAUCCGUGUGGGUGGACCGAGUUAUCUAUGGUCUUGCCGCUCUUUUGUGAGCCAUGCUAGAGUGUGCGAGAAGCUGCCAUCCGGCGCGCCACGUGCCAAGCAGUUCCCGGCGUCGUUUGUGGUGCCGACGGCAGUGCCAAAGAUGUCGCAAAUGACCCGGGACGAAGCUUUACACCGCCAAAAGAUCCUCAGCAUUCUCAAUGCCAUGCGACUGCCCAAGUAUAAUUAUGCGUUUGCCUAUGGCUCUGGUGUAUUCAGCCAAACAACGAAGGCCAAGGCCGUAGGAGGCACGGCGCCCAUGAUUGAUAUGGUGAUCGCUGUAGAGGAGCCGGCACACUGGCAUGUAAUGAAUAUGCACGCGAACCCCCACCACUACCCGUGGUGGGCGCGCCUGUUCGGUGGAUGGGCCGUGCGGGCUACGCAGAACAUUGGCGCCAAGAUGUGGUAUGUGCCGUACGUCCAGGUGCAGGAUGAGAUUGUUAAGUACGGUGUGAUCUCACUGGAAGACAUGUGCGAGGAUUUGCUGUGCUGGAGCACGUUGUAUGUGAGUGGCCGCAUGCAUAAGCCGAUUGCGCGUCUCUUUGACGCGACAAACGGGCGGGUGCCGAUCGCGGAGCAAGCGAACUUGACGUCGGCGCUACGGACGGCGCUUCUCCUGCUGCCAGAAGAGUUCUCGGAGAAAGACUUGUAUUAUAUGGUGUCUUCUCUGAGCUACCUGGGCGACUUCCGCAUGAGUGUGCCGGGCGGAGAGAAUCGCAAUAAGAUCAAGAACAUUGUCGAGAACCAGCUGCCGUGGUUCCGGAUCAUGUGUGCGGAUUUGAUCACGCGCCUGCAGUUUAUUCACGUUAGUACGGGGUCUGACUCGUUUAUGAUGCGGCAAGACAUUAGCCCCCAGACGCGCGCGACGGUAGCGGCCAACUUGGCGCGCGAUCUGCGCCUGCGGCUGGUGAGGCACUUCUUGCAGCGCCCUCAGCUGCACCCUCUUUUCAAGGAGCUGCAGGAAACGGAUCCCGAGACGCUGGUCCCUGAGAAGUCCAAUUCUGUGAACGAGAACAUGCCGGUCGACCUGUCAUACAGCCACGGGGAGGACAGCGACCAGCUGCCGCCGAUAGCCACGCGCUUUUGGCUAGCUGUUGUGCAGCAGGAGACCUUCCCGCAGGCGCUACGCGAGGAGAUUGCAAAAACGGUACGCGGCCCAGCCUUUGUACAGUCGCUCAAAGGACUGUACACAGCAGGCAUUGGGCGCUCGCUGCGUUACAUCUGGUCUAAGAUGCGCAAGUUCCGCCAGGGACAAAAAGACACUAAAUAG